UUUUCUAGUCCUAUUGGUGAAUUAUUCUGCCAUGACCACCGUACUGACCGCCUUCGUCGUUUGCCUAGCGGCUUCCCUAAUUCAAGGGGUUCCGCACGGUUCCAAACCGGGACUGAGAAUCUUCGGGGGUGAAGAUGCCGACAUCCAGGACUAUCCCUACCAGGCAGCGCUCUUCAGAGACGACGAACUCGUUUGUCAGGGUUCGAUCGUCGCACCCAGCUAUGUACUCACCGCCGGUCACUGCUUCUACGACGUCGAGGGCAAUCCCGCCGAAGGCAACUAUUCCCUUCGCGUAGGAAGCAGUCAGCUCUCGGCUGGUCAGGUAGUGGCGAUCUCUGAAGUUAUAUUCAACGAACCUUACCAGACGUUACUCAACGAUUUGGCGUUGCUGAAGCUAGAGAGUCCUCUCGAGUACGGACCAUCUGUUCAAGCCGUUCGAUUACCCGAAAAAGACCGAGAGCUGAGAAGCGACGAGCCGGCCGUAGCAACCGGCUGGGGUUCCACCAUCGUUUAUCCAGAGGCGUCAGAGCAGUUGCAGCAGGUCGAGCUUAACGUCGUCCUCUACGCAGACUGCAAAUCGAAAUACGGCGUUCUUCUCGGCAAGAAAUCAUUCUGCGCCCAGUACGCCCCUGGAGGUAAAGGUAUCUGCGCCUAUGACAGCGGCGCGCCUCUGGUCGCCAACGGGACACUGAUUGGGGUUGGAGAGAUCAGCUUGGAAUGCGGUAACUUCGUCGGACUGCCCGGGGGUGCUUUUGCCAAUGUCGCCCUCUACAGCGACUGGAUAGCGAGCGUUAGCGGGUUGUAGAUGGAAUA